AUGAGUUUUUCCGUAUCUUAUUUUGAAUCACGUCCUACAGUGCUCUCUGCUUUGCUCAUUCAAGGCAUAGCGAUGGAGAUGUCUGGUCCAGCAGGGUCCUCCUUCCCCGGAGAACUAUGGCUAGCACGACUUGGGUCUCAACGUGGUGGGUUGCACUACAGUCCUGAGAUGAGGAGUGUGCUAUUUAGACUGACACCUUUCCUGAUCUCCGUUGCCCUCUAUUUUACACUCUGGGUCCAAGGACCCAGCAUCUUUGCCAGUAUUCUCAGGAGCCUCCCAACCAUCUCCUUGGCAUUCUUUGUGGCCAGCCAGUCCUACAGUACCGGAACCUUGACGCAGUAUUCCCAUAAAGUAUUGCAAGGCCUGAUGUUCUCAAUUGUGGGAGAUGUCCUCAUUGUGUGGCCUCAACUUCUUCUUCCAGCGAUGUUUGCUUUUGCCUCCUGUUUCAUCUCCUACACCUCGGCUUUUGGCUUCACUCCUUUUCGGCCCCUGAUCCUCGCCAUUGUCACAGCAGUGGGGAUUGAGAUUCUCAACGUCUUGCUGCUGCCGUGCUUGAAGGGCAUCUAUCUGUUGGCCGUCCCAGUCUAUAUAGGCCUACUUGGCAUCAUGCUAUGGCGCGGCCUCUCCCUCCCCAAACAAAAGCUGAGUGCUACAGUCGGCAGCGUGCUCUUCGCUGUGUCCGAUCUGUUUGACGGCCUUGAUACAUACUGCUCCAACGUACCCAAUUUCCGCCUCUUCAUCAUGACCACCUACUAUGCUGCCCAGGGCUUGAUUGCAUUUUCGGUGACCUCUCAGGAAGUCCCUUGAAAGGAGAACUGAGCCUUGGAAGGGGAUUAUUUCAUUAACAUUUUAAUGCGUUUUCGAAGGCUUUCAUGGCUGGAAUCACAGGGAUGCUGAGGGUUUUCUGGGCUGUAUGGCUAUGUCCCAGAAGCAUUGUCUCCUGACGUUUCUCCCACAUCUAUGCCAGGCAUCCUCAGAGGUUGUGAGGUCUUAGAAUGCCUGCCAUUGAUUUGGGUGAAACAUCAGGAGAGAAUGCUUCUGGAACAUGGCCAUACAGCCUGGAAAACUCACAGCAACCCAACAUUUUCAAUAAUGGAGAACUCAGAAAUCCUGUCUUUUAACUACUCUGUCUUCUUUUAGUCUGUUCUGCAUACUGCAGCCCUCUUUCAUCUGAUUAAUUCCAGAGAAACAUCUCCAUUCUGGAACAUUCCAAUAGUCAAUUUUGCUGUAUCAUGCAUGAU